AUGACAAGAUUAUACAAGAAGUCGUCCAGAACAGCAGAUUCGUUCAGGAACUGUGGGAUAAGUCCAUCCAGGAAAGAGACAAGGGAUGGUCACAAGGUCCUCACCGCUUUGGCUGACCUACCCGAGGACGCGCUGAUCAGCAAGAGGUUUGGAAUCCAACAAGGUCACAAACUCAGGCCGAUCGACGACUUGAGCCAGAGCCUUAUCAACAUGGCCUUUGAAUCGCAUGGGAAAGUUCAUGUUCAUGCAGACGUCAUCACAGCGGCACUGCUGAUGUCUCGCCGACUGCACAAGGGCAAGGUUUUUGGCAAAACGUUGGAUCUCAAGGCGGCCUACCGCCAACUACCCCUGGAGGAGCAGGCGCUCGACAAAGCCUUCAUCGCAGUCAAGUGCCCUGAAACAGGUGAGGUAGUGUUUUUCAGGCUUCUGUGCCUGCCUUUCGGGGCCACGGCAGCUGUACACUCCUUCAUCAGAGUCUCUCUCGCCUUGUGCCACAUAGGGAACGUCCUUUUUCGACUGCCUAUGACCGCCUACUACGAUGAUUUCACUCUUUUCAGCAGCGAGGAACUUCUUAACUCACCUCGGCCACCGUCGACAUCAUGUUUUCCCUGUUAG